UGUGCUUUCAGUUGUGGAACCAUUAUCGCUAUCACUAAAUCACUCAAUUGCUCCUGAAUCGCGCGAUGACGAAGGAAGAAUGUGAAAGAAAAAUUAAAUCAAUAUUCGCGUAAACGAAAACAAGUGAAAAGAGAAUGAUGCAUUAAUUGAAAAGAAAUAUUUUUUUGUGAAGUGAGCACUUGCAACCAUUAAAAUCAAAGUUAGUUCUAGGCUAAACUUGAUGUGAACACUGGAAAAACUGUUAUAGAAAUAGACAUAUGAGGAAAGCCUUUUUUGUAAAUCCUUGUCAUCCUUUCGGCGAGUGUUUUUUCAAUACGCUUCCACGUGAAAAAAAAAUCUAUGAAGCGUUGAGCUUUGGUCGAUAAGCUGUAAAAAUUUGGAUCAUUUAAACAUUUGGAAUACUUUGAACAGCUGAAAACAUCCAUAAGUUCACUUCUCUAACUUCAGCCUAGUAAUCAAAAUGCCCAUUGUGAACAUUUUGAAAAGAGCAUCCAGUUACAUUCUUGGUAGCGACGAAGACGGCGAAGAGAUUAACGAAAUGGUAUAUGAAGAUAACGAAGUACUGUUCUGUAAGAACAACAUUUGCGUCCAUCCUCCUGCCGUUGUUCGUCAAGAAUCGGACGUUUUGCACUAUCCGGGCUAUUUAACAGUCACCACCAAAACCUUCAUCGAUCAGUAUAACAACGCUAAACGGCCGACCUUAUUCCUCACGUGGAUCCCAAACUCCACUCUAAGAAAAUGUCCAUCAACGGUGGAAAAUAUCUCAUUUUUCCGGAAUAGUAAUUUGAGUGAAAAUAAACUGAAGCUACAUCAGCAGGAGGAACAGAAGCUACAGCUAUUGCAAACUCAAAAGGAUUUUUCUAAUCAUUCCAAUGCCGUCAAAAGUGAUACUGUACUUCCGAAGACAGAGAAAACUGGAGAGAAUCCAUUCACAGCCGCAUUAAGAAUUGCCAACACAAAUCCAUUUCUAGAACCGUAUAAUGACACCAUCGCGCAAAAUUCCACUGAUUCCAAAUCGAUGAACUGCUCGGAUUAUUCCGAAACAAUCAGUAUAAGUUCAAGCUCGGAUAAGGCGAGCCUAUGCAACAGUGCCGAAUACAGCCGCGAAGAUAUACACGACGACGAGGAAGAUGAAGGGAUCAUCACUUCGGAAACUCACAUGUCUACAAGUGCAACGGAGGAAACGACUGAAGAACAGGAGUUAAAAACCGAGUUGCAACCACUGAUUGAAACAGAAGAAACUAAAGCCAACAGUAUGGUUAAGGUGUUACCGACGCAAACUUCGCUCACAUCUGUUAACAUAACGAUCGCGAGUCCGCAUAUACAAAAUGUUGACAUUUCACCGGCGGAAGCAGCACUGUCACAGAAUGAACGUUUCAUGCGAUCGCUAUCGAUUUCGUCCAACGACGAGAACAACCCCAACUGGAUGUCUCCCGAACUACUGGCGUACAAGCACAACUUGUCCUUUCCGGAAAGCGCAUCCGCCUCGCCAAUCAUAAGUAGAAAGACUCAGCUCAAAUGUAGAAGAUUUUCAGUUGAUCUAAGCCAGAUGCGGGCUUUACGUUUAUUUUUUAAUGAUGAAAACUGCACUUCUGGCCAGCUGGUAAUUGCUUCGCGCGAGUCGCAGUAUAAGAUUCUUCACUUCCAUCAUGGAGGCUUGGAUCAUUUAGCACAAGUGCUGCAUCAGUGGCAUUGCUUAUUACACAACAUCAAGCUGGCACCAGGUCAGGAUGAACCAAAUCUUCCCUAUCGACAGUUUAUGGUAUGCCGUCCUGAGGUUCGAAAGUCCGAACUACAUCCGGAGGAAGGUAAAGUCAGUAAGAUAACUACCGAUUACUUCUACGGUACACUGUUGAACGAAAAAGGGCAAAUCGAGGACGAUCUCCAGCUUCGCAAAUGUGUCUUCUUUGGUGGCCUGGAGAAAAGCUUACGCAAAACGGUAUGGCCGUUCUUGUUGCACUGUUACAGUACAAGCUCUACCUUCGAAGAUCGAGCUGCUCUGGCGGAGAUUCGGCGACAGGAGUACGAGGAGAUCACAAGACGGCGACUGUACUCGAUGUCCCCCGAAGCUCAGGCACAAUUCUGGCGUACGGUUCAGUGUGUCAUCGAAAGGGAUGUAGUCCGCACAGAUCGUGGUAAUCCGUUUUUCGCCGGUGAGGACAAUCCCAACAUCGAUACCAUGAAGAAUAUUUUGCUGAACUAUGCUUUCUAUAACCCGGGAAUGUCAUAUACACAAGGGAUGAGCGAUUUAUUGGCACCAGUGCUGUGCGAAAUUAAAAGCGAAUCGGAGACAUUCUGGUGCUUCGUUGGUCUUAUGCAACGGGCUAUAUUUGUGUGUACGCCUACUGAUAACGAUAUUGAUCGUAAUUUGUGCUACCUGAGGGAAUUGAUACGACUAAUGGUUCCUAGCUUCUACAAACACAUGCAGAAGCACACAGAUGCCAUGGAAUUGCUGUUUUGCCACCGCUGGAUUCUACUUUGUUUCAAACGAGAAUUCACUGAAGCGGUAGCGAUUCGCAUGUGGGAAGCGUGUUGGUCCAACUAUCUGACUGAUUACUUCCACCUGUUUCUCUGUCUGGCUAUUGUUGCUGUUUAUGCUGAUGAUGUUAUUGCUCAAGAUCUGCGCACAGACGAAAUGCUAUUGCACUUCAGUUCACUGGCUAUGUACAUGGACGGACAGUUGAUACUUCGCAAAGCACGUGGUCUGCUUCAUCAGUUUCGGCUAUUCCCAAAGAUACCUUGUACACUAUCCGGACUGUGUAAGCGAUGUGGGCCCGGUAUGUGGGACUCAGGACAUCAUCCAUCGAUCGAAUGUAUCGGCCACCUGGAUCAUGAAACGUGCGCACUGGCAGUAGAUUAAGUAGUGGCAGUUUGACCGCAUUAUCACAGAAGUAGGACAAGAUCUGAAAAACGUAAGCUUUAUUUUACACAAUUAGUUGAACUGUUAGAACAGCAAUCAAAAAGAAAGAUAUAGCUAGGAAUAUUUGUUGCAAAAUUAACUUUCGCCAGUUUAUUUACAAUGCUUGUUCUGUAAGAGGCGGGUGAAGAACUGAUGUGCAGAUAUUUGACUGUACAACGAAAAUAUUUAACAAUUGAUAACGUGUAUCAUAAGUUACUAUAUUAGUAAGUCCUAAAAAAAGACACAAUUCACGAUGCGAUAUAUUACUACACUAGCAUAAAGUAUUACUAACUAACGCAUUCUGCAGAAAAAAGAACAACUCAAUCAAUCGCAUACAGGCACAUAACAACAAGAACAAUAAGGAAAUAGAUGACAAACUAUGCUUUGUGAUUAGUAAUUUUCGUACAUUUAACACUUUCGCUAUCACACAAUCAACUAUCAAUAAAUCAGUAACUCAGAUGUCGGGAAAAAUGUUGGAUUGCGUCGUUUGGAACUUUUAAUGGAAUGGUUAAUUUUUUUAUUAUUUUACAAUAGCAAACGAUAUAGAUGUCAUAUAUUUUGGCUUGAAGCUCGAACCAUGUAAUGUAAUUUUAUCUCGAAUCGCAGAACACUUUUCGCUUUGAGCCGAGACUAACCUAGCUCCGACCCUGUCAAAACCAUACAUUGGACAGCAGUUAGGGUUGCAAUUGGGUUCGGUGUAGCUUCAAGCGAUAGCUUUUACAGAAAGAUUUUAUUAUACAGAAAAUCUCUUUUUUUGUAUGUCAUCACAUAUGAUGAUUAUGACGAAGAGAAUAGCAUCGAAAUUUUCUAUUCUCCCCGGCGGCAUCGUCCCACUUUAUUUUUCGAUAAUUUCUUCAGUGCAGAUUAAAAGAUGGUGGUGGUUUUUAGUUAUUCCACCCCCUGGGACUAAAUGAUGGGCUAGAUGGCGCAACAACAAAGACGCUAGUAGGUAUUUGUUUAUAUGUUAGUCCAACGGAUUUGGCUUUCUCUGACUGCUGGUUCAUACGAAUGUCACCUUUUUGCCUUUCUCAUAUAGAAAGGCUAUGCAAUCGCUGUGAAAACCGACUUUACAACCGAGUGUCAUAUACCAUUCGACUCAGUUCGUCGAGAUCACAAAAUGCCUGUGUGUGUAUGUAUAUAUGUGUGCAUGUGACAAAUAAUGUCACUCAAUUUUCUCAGAGAUGACUGAACUUUUCACAAACUUAGAAUCAAAUGAAAGGUCUUAAGGUCCUAAACAAAGUUCCUGAGUUUCAUUUGGAUCCGACUUCCGGUUCCGGAAUUACAGGGUGAUAUGCACCAAAAAUAGAAAAAUAACCACACAAGUUUCUCAGAGAUGGCUGAUCCGAUUUUGACAAACUUAGAUGAAAAUGAAAGGCCUUAUGGCCUCAUACAAUUUUAUAGAAUUUCAUUUGGAUUCGACUUCCGGUUCCGGAAUUACAAAAAAAUGUGUGUAAAUUUAUUUAAAAAUGCGCACUCGAUUUUCUCGGAAAUUUCUCAAGUGAUUUCCACAAACUGAGAAGAAAAUAAAAAGUCUUAAAAUUCUUUAAAAAGUCUCCGAAAAGUUGAUCCAGAUCCGACUUCUGGUUCCGGUAUUACAGUGCGAUUAGUGAAAAUUUUCAAUUUUCUUACUUCUAAAUUCAUCUAGUUGACAGAUCUUGUUGAUUAGUGAAUAGAUAAAACUACUUUGGGACUACUAGAAAAUCUGCAAAAAUGGAACUCACUUCGAUUUCUCAGCAACGGUUAAGCCGAUUUUAACAAAUCAUGAUUUAGAUAAAAGCUCUCAUUGUCUUUAAAUAUACUGUGUAAUUUCAUCGUGAUUCAACUUCCGGUUUCGAAGUUAUAGGGCGAUGAGUGUCGAAACAUUCAAAUCUUCAUUCAAAAUGACAAUGCAAAACUAGUACGCGACGGUGCGUACGGCUUUGCUCAAUUCGCAGCGUGCUUUGUUCAAUUUAGUGUAGCGUGCAGGAUUGCCACAUUAAAAUUCAGGUGAAAAAAAUGUGAAUUUCUAUUUCUUUUAUUCAAUUUGUAUCUACUUGUUAGUGUAAUUACAAGAUCAUGAUAACGAUGCUUUUCUAUAAAAAUACACACAUUACCUUUCUCAUAUAGAAAGUUUAUGCAACAACUUAAAAAAUUGAUUAGUGAAAAUUGGCCCAGCGGUCUAUAUCAUUCGACACAGUUAAUCAAGCUGAGCAAUAUAUGUGUGAGUGUAUGUCAAAUAUUGUCACUCAUAAAAUAAAAAAUCUCGUAGUCCCACAGGUUGCUAUUAAAUUUCACACCGUCAUUUAGAGCGACGAUUUUUGAUGUACUCAAUCCCACUAGAAAAUGAAGUGUUUAACACAUGUAACAGUUCGGCUGAAAAGUUCGUAUCGUUUAAUAGAAACACACAUUUUUUCGUUUUUAAUAUUCAACAUAAUUGCCAUCAGAGGCGAUACAGCGAUUAUAGCGAUCUUCCAACUUUUCGAUACCAUUUUUGUAGUACGAUUUGUCCUUUGCCUCAAAAUAGGACUCAGUUUCAUCGAUUACCUCUUCAUUGCUUCUAAUUUUUUUACCAGCGAGCAUUCUCUUGAGGUCUGAGAACAGGAAAAAGUCACUGAGGGCCAAAUCUGGAGAAUAAUGGUUUUCAUCGACUUGUGACACGGUGCAUUGUCUUGAUGAAACAAAACUUUUUUCUUCUACAAAUGAGGCCGUUUUUUUUAAAUUUCGUCCUUCAAACGCUCUAAUAACGCUAUAUAAUAGUCGCUAUUGAUGGUUUUUCCCUUUUCAAGGUAGUCGAUGAAAAUUAUACCAUGCGAAUCCCAAAAUACAGACGCCAUAAACUUACCGGCCAAUUGUUGAGUCUUUCCACGCUUUGGGUUCGGUUCAUCGCGUGCAGUCAACUCAGCUGACUGUCGAUUGGACUCCGGAGUGAAGUGAUGGAGCCAUGUUUCGUCCAUUGUUAUAUAUCAACGAAAAAAAUCGGUUUUAUUUCGAUAUAACAGCUCCAAACACUGCUCAGAAUCAUCAAUUCGUUGUUGUUUUUGAUCGAUUGUGAGCUCACGCGGCACCCAUUUUGCACAAAGCUUUCUCAUAUCCAAAUAUUCGUGAAUAAUAUGUCCAACACGUUCCUUUGAUAUCUUUAGGGUGUCAGCUAUCUCGGUCAACUUCACUUUACGGUCAUUGAAAAUCAUUUUGUGGAUUUUUUUCACGUUUUCAUCGGUAACAGCCUCUUUUGGACGUCCACUGCGUUCAUCGUCUUCGGUGCUCAUAUGAUCAGUACGAAAUUUUGCAAACCACUUACGAAUUGUUGCUUCACCCGGUGCAGAGCCUGGAUAACACUCAUCAAGCCAUUUUUUGGUAUCGGCGGCACUUUUUUUCAUCAAAAAGUAGUGUUUCAUCAACACACAAAAUUCCUUUUUUUCCAUAUUUUUCACAAUAACAAAAGUAGCUUCACUCAAAAUGCAAUAUCUCACAAACUAAUAAUCAGACAGCUGUCAAAUUUAUACACGUAUCUUUUGAAGGUUGGUACUAACUGAAAAUGGUAUGGAUUUAAUUCUAGUGGCGCCCUCUCAUAGAAACGAUACGAACUUUUCAGCCGAUCUGUUAGUUCGAUUCAAUAGCAAAUCACAUCCAAAGGAAAAACACAUCGAACCCAAGUGGAAAAUAAUCUAAUCUUGCAUCUUAGUGAAUUUGCACAUGAAAUCCUUAAACAAAUCGCUUUGAUUAUGUAUUGAAAUGAAAAAGCAUAUUAAAUUGAAGUGCUGUUUACAAAUUAAUCGAUCGUGCAAAUUUUUAUCAGUAUACUUCGAUCAGCCCCCAGUCACGACGCCAUCUUGAUGAGAUUAAAAUCGGUACUUCAAAAUCAGCUGAUGGCAACGUAAACAAACAAUGCAAUCGAUUACUUUGUUCAUUACACGAAAAUUAGAGAUUUAUGGCACUUCCGGUGAAACCCUCAACGAGUGAACACGUCGUAUCGUGUUAGUGCGGUGCAAAUUCGAGUAUUUCGCGAGAAAGAAAGGAUUUUCAUCCGUACUUCGGUGACUCCACGUUGUCACAUAGCGAGGGUUUCACUUGUAGUCCAGUGAAAAGAAAGUCCAUUGGACUAUAAACGAAAACUAACUGGCAAUAUAGCUAAAUCGCUGUGCCAUCAAUCGGCGUCAUCUCAAGUGAGGUGACGCCACCAGAAGUGAAGAAGAAGAAGAAGAAGAAGAGGAGAUUCAUGGGUCGAUUCUCUCACAAUAGCCUGUCGGUUUACCUAGAAUACCGUAGAUAGUGUUUUGGGACAUGAAGUAGAAGUAAUUUUCACAAUUUGAGAGUCGCAACGAGUAUCAGAACAUCGCGGUGUUUGGUGCCCGAAACCUCCGAAACACAAGAGGCUCAACGUAAUCGGUGUACUUUCAAACAGCUGGUGCUAACAUAUCGGUGUCAUAUGGCUGACUCCGAUGCAGCUACUCAGAGCCGUCACAGGGGAAUUGAAUGAAUGUAUUCGGUUGGUCGUCAACGAAACAAAAACAGCACAUAAUUUCUAAGGACAUAUUCAGUAGUAUUUUAGUUCUAGAUGCAUAAUUUAUGCCAGUUACAAAAUUUAAAUCUGGAUUUUAUAACAAGAAAAACGGCAUCGUAGACCAGUUUUAAAUUUGACAGAAGAACUGGUCGAAUAAAUAAAACUAGAACGGCUUUCUGGGGAUACGUUUGUUCCAGUUUCUGUUCUAUUUUAGAACUUCCAUAUAGAACUUCUAGCUGCUGAAUUUGCUCUAAUAAUUUUCGUGUUUUGUAUGCUGUAGUAAUAUUGCAUCAAAUAGCCGUUCUUCGUCCGCAAUUCCCAAAUCGUUUUGUAUAUCCAAACAAAAUUCAUUGGUAGUUUAUGAAAUAUUUUUGAGAAUUUGAUGUGUGUCCCACUUCAGACUCUUUGGGCUGCUACGUAGGGAACAUCUGGAACCGGUGAAUCGAAGCAAUUGGAUGUGUAUUAACAAGAUAUCCAGCUCUCACAUUUCCCGAACAAAUUAUUGGCAACAUCCUUUUUUGCGAGUAUGACGCCCUUAGUUCGAGUUCGCAUCGGAUCUUGUACAUAGAAGUAGGGGAGAGAAAUGACAAAUUCGGGCGCGCCAAAAUAUCAGCAUUGCGCACUCAUACAAUGGGCAUGAUAUGUUGAAUGUGAUGCCGUGCGAUGGCGUUGCUGAACUGAAGAUUGAUUUCGCUUUAAGCUGACAGGGUCUGAUGUAUGUUAGGUUUCUCUCCAUUUAUGUUGAAAAUCAAAAUUCCUUUGGGGACGGGUAUAGUGUGAUGGGUAAGUCGAUGCCUUUCACGCAGCCCGCCUGGGUUCGAUUCCCAACCCCGCACAUAGGGUCAGAAAGUUUUUCUGGCCCGAAGAGGUGAAUGACCUUAAGGUUAAAACCUCUAUAAUCGAAACAAAAAAAAAAUUCCUUUUGGCUCUCAGCGCUUAAAGAAGUGUAAUUUUCAAGCCGAUACAAAACGCCGGAAUACUAAGUCGAAUAUUUUAAAAUCAUUAGAAUUGUAAUAUCACAAAUACCGAUCCUAUCACUAUUAUUCAUUUAAAUUUAAUUGCAGUUGAAUCAAUCCGACCGGACACAAAGUGAGUUUCAUUUCGAACUCUUCUGACCGAUAAUUCUGGAACUUCCAGAACCGGGUAUUGUAAAUCAAUAAGGCAAUACACAUUUUUUGUUGCUAAAUGUCGGCAAAAUAAUUGCAUAUGAAUUUACAAAAAAAUAUAAAUUACAUUACUUAUGUUUCAAGUAGGUGCAAUUCUGACUAAUCGCCGAUUGUCGAAUAUCUUGGUUGACAUGUGCAUAGAGAACAGACAUCCAAGUAGUGAUUUCAAUGUGUGUAAGAAAUGUACCGGUUGUUUUAAAAAGCAAUCACCAAGUAGCAAUUCUCCUGUAGAGUCGCUUCGAGCAGCCCAGCAGUUGCUUAUGGGCUCUUGCAUUCGAGCUUCCAUACAAUGCUUGCAAAGUGGUACACACCGGUGAUUUUUAACGGAUUUUCACUUGUAUGCUUUAACCAUAAAUCAAAUAAACAUAAAUUUCCCAGUGUAAUACUAAUGUAGUUGAGCAACCCGUGACAGCAAAAGCACCGUCUGGUGGAGAAUGGGUGCGUAAAUGCUCCUAAAAUGCAUGCAUAAAGUUGCCUGCGCAUUUAACAAAACCACAGUAGCUAGUGGAAAAAAGUACACCCGUUUCUCACUAGAGGUGCUGUUAGUGUAACCGUACAGUCGGAAAUCUAUGUUUAUUUGAUUUAUGGCUUUAACACAGAUUUUUGAAAAAGUUUGUACUAGCUUGGAUGUCUGUUCUCUGUGACAUGUCGUUGAAGUUCUUCGGCAUUACCUAUAAUGACUUCCCUACAGUGAAAGUUGGAUCUGGAAGGAGCUUUCUAUAAAUAAUCUACAAUAAUUUUAGUUAUAAUACUUACUGGAUAGAUCGUAGACUCUCACGUCUUCCUGUUGGACUAAUUCCAUUUUUUCUAAUGGCCACUGGAAAUUUUCAGAAAUAAUCAGAAAAUUGUGUGUUACCGAUCUGUCGCAGUAUUUUACUAUAUCGAACUCAAGAAUUGGAUUUAAGUGUGUAGGUACUUCGGUUAUUCUAUUUGGUGCACAUUUUCGCAGGUUUGUACCCUUACGCAUAGUGGCAAAAAUAGUUAUAAUUAUUUCAUACAUUUUCUUUGUAUGUCAAUCACAUUAUUGAGUUAACUAGACUACUAAUAAAUUGACUACGUUGUGUUUACGAUUAAAAAAUUAUUUCUGAUUUUUUCACGACAAACCCAAAUUUUCACGAAAUUUCACAGGGCAGGUGUUUCGGGACUGUUGUAGACAACAUUUACUUCAACGAUGUCAAUUUCGCUUUCGAGGGUCGUCGUAUAUAAUUUACCGACGUCAAGAUAUCCUAUAACAUACAGAGAAUUGCUGUCAAAAUAAUCCUACCCUAGAAUGACAUAGAACAGCAUGGUAUGAUAAAAAAUGAGCGUGUAAACAAUUGUGGUUAUAGGUCGAGUUUGAGAAUCUAAUUACAAUCAAGGUUACGUCGCGGUCAUACAAAAGAAUUUUGAAUUCAUAUAUCUCGCUGAACUGGAAACUGAGUUACUGUACUAAAUCCAAUGUAGAAAAUAUCUAGUCGAUCUAACCUAGUAAAACCUGAACAUUCAAUAGAUGGAAAAUAAUGUUGAAUAGCCCCAAUUUAAAUUAAUAGUAACAAUAGAAGCGCAAGCCGUAUCGAACAAACAUAUUGAACAAAAAACAACAAAAGUAGAAAAUUAAUCAAAGAAUUCAAAACAAAAUAGCCCUAGUGACAUAUUCGCAAAGAUGCCCAGUAAUAUAAAAAUUGUUGAUGUUACGAACUAUUUACACAAAUUUUAUAAUACAAAUUCUAAUAGUUGUGUAUGUACUAUUCGGCAAAAAGUUUUAACACAAAGUUAUCUCAAUUGAUUUCAAAGAAUGGAAAUGUUGCAACAACAGCAAAACGAUACAUAAAACAGCUCAGGACUUGAACACUGCGUGCUGCGCAGUACAAUUUGCUGCAGAGACUAAGCAAUUCGGAUGGUUUCGGCUGUGUCAUGAUCAAUGUCCGCGAGGCAUACUUACAGAACACUACCGCCUAGCAUGCAUUGCCCACUCGUUCAUUGCACCUGAAUACAAUUUAAUUAGUAUUCACAACAUUAUUAAACCAAAAAAAUUAAGCGAUAGGUUUACAAAAUCAUACAGCUUGUCAUCGCUUUAUUUUGCGUCAUAAAAAGAUCGUAAUAAAGAUAAAAAACAACAUUGUAGAAAUAACAAAUGAAAUUAAGACGGUAUUAGUCGGAUGUAAUAUAAACCUUAACUAAAAUGGAAUUAUGCAACGUGAUCAAAUAAUGUAUUGUUUUACCAAAGCGAAACACAGCAAACAAGUGUAAUUAUAUACCUGAUAGGGAAAUUAAAACAUGUAUUAGAUAUCUUGUAAAAGAAUACUGCUUCGAAUAAAAGUCUGUCAGACGUAAAACUAA